GCGGCCCUUCCGCUGCCGGCGCGGGCGGCGGCGGUUCCGGCGGGUGACCCUGCGGAGUCCUUCGGUGCGGCGGCAGCGCGAUGGGGCGCGACGGGGAGCCCGAGGAGGAAGAGGAAGAGCUGGUGGAUCCCCUCACCACGGUGCGGGAGCACUGCGAGCAGACGGAGAAAUGCGUGAAGGCGCGGGAGCGGCUGGAGCUGUGUGACGCGAGGGUGUCCUCCCGGUCCGAGACGGAGGAGCAGUGCACGGAGGAGCUCUUCGACUUCCUGCACGCCAGGGACCACUGUGUUGCUCACAAACUUUUUAGUAAACUGAAGUGAAAGUGGGCAUGAUUGUCCACCUGCUUCCACAGCCAGUGUCAGCGGUUCCUGGAUCACAGUUCUGCUUCCUGCCGUCCAUCCUCCAUGAGUGUCAACUAAACGGCUUCCUGGCAGCGUGUCACUGCCUCUGUGCUACUGGAAGAUGUGAAGCUGUGCAAAGAAAACCAUGUUAAUGUUCUGUAAUUUUCCAUAUUAAAUGUUCAGAGUUUCCAUGGAA